GCCGCGCUUCCCAUCGCUGUCCCGCGGCAAUAGGUGUCCUUCCUGCCGCCGAAGGCUGCCUCCUCCAGGCAGCGCUAGCAGUCUCGGCAGGGGGCCCUUGCGCCCCCACUCUUUCUGCCUCACUUCUGGCUAUGCCUGACUCCCGCAUGAGGGUCAGGCGGCGGCGGCCAGGGAAGGAAGCCCCGGCGAGCCAGCCGAGAGCACUUCCGCCUCUGGGCUGCGGAAGGUAGAGCGCACGCGCCCGCGGCGACUCCGGAGCGACUCACUUCCGCUCCCACUGCGCCCCGCGAGCCGAAUCAUGGAUCACACUGACAAUGAGUUACAAGGCACUAACAGUUCUGGAACCUUGGGUGGUCUUGAUGUUCGCAGAAGAAUUCCUAUAAAACUCAUCUCCAAACAAGCCAACAAAGUUAAACCUGCACCUCGAACUCAAAGGACUAUUAGUAGGAUGCCUGCAAAGGCCCCACCAGGUGAUGAAGAAGGAUUUGAUUAUAAUGAAGAACAACGGUAUGACUGUAAAGGAGGCGAACACUUUGGAAAUCAGCGAAGAUUUCCAGGACACCUUUUUUGGGAUUUUAAGAUAAACAUCUUGGGUGAAAAGGAUGAUACCCCAGUUCAUUUCUGUGACAAAUGUGGAUUGCCUAUUAAAGUCUAUGGGAGAAUGAUUCCAUGCAAGCAUGUCUUUUGCUAUGACUGUGCUAUUUUACAUGAAAAAAAGGGAGAUAAGAUGUGCCCAGGCUGUAGUGACCCUGUGCAGCGGAUCGAGCAGUGUACACGAGGCUCUCUCUUCAUGUGUAGUAUUGUUCAGGGCUGCAAGCGAACAUACCUGUCUCAGAGAGACUUGCAAGCUCACAUCAACCAUCGCCAUAUGAGAGCUGGGAAGCCUGUUACCCGGGCUUCCCUUGAGAACGUCCACCCUCCUCUUGCCCCCCCGCCAGCCGACAUCCCCGACCGCUUCCUCAUGCCCCCAGACAAGCACCACGUGAGCCACCUUCCUCCCAAGCAGCACAUCCUGAUGCCGCCCCCGCCUCUGCAGCAUGUGCCGCAUGAGCACUACAGCCAGCCCCACGAGGACAUCCGCGCUCCUCCAGCAGAGUUGUCCAUGGCGCCGCCGCCGCCGCGGUCGGUCAGCCAGGAGACCUUCCGGAUCUCCACAAGAAAGCACAGCAAUUUAAUCACGGUCCCUAUUCAGGAUGACUCAAGUUCAGGUGCUAGAGAGCCACCGCCUCCUGCCCCAGCUCCUGCUCACCAUCACCCCGAGUACCAGGGCCAGCCCGUGGUCUCCCACCCUCACCAUAUCAUGCCUCCACAGCAGCACUACGCACCACCCCCGCCGCCGCCUCCACCAAUAAGCCACCCAAUGCCACACCCUCCCCAGGCUGCAGGUACUCCUCACUUGGUGUACAGCCAAGCCCCGCCUCCACCAAUGACCUCGGCUCCGCCACCAAUAACCCCUCCCCCUGGACACAUUAUUGCUCAGAUGCCACCUUAUAUGAGUCAUCCUCCUCCAGGACCCCCCCCACCGCAGCAUGGCGGGCCACCCGUAACUGCACCCCCCCCCCCUCACCACUACAACCCUAACUCUCUACCCCAGUUUACUGAAGAUCAAGGAACUCUGAGCCCUCCAUUUACACAACCAGGAGGAAUGAGUCCUGGCAUUUGGCCUGCACCACGAGGGCCGCCGCCACCUCCACGAAUGCAGGGCCCGCCUUCUCAAACCCCACUACCUGGACCACAUCACCCAGAUCAGACAAGAUACAGACCGUAUUACCAGUGAUGAUAGUGUUGGACUGAAAAUCUGACAAGGAGAAAGAUCAGAUUAGUCAGUCUUUUAACUCAGCUCUGACUGCUGGGGGAAGGAAAAAUGCCUCUCAUGAGGUGGCUAUAAAACACAGUCUUGUCCCAUAAAAUGCUUUUAUGUCUUGACCUUAGGAUGGCUUUCAUAUACUACAGCGCACAUGCGUGGCUCGGUGAGCACAACUCUAUCUUAGCAACUGUUACUUUGGUGUGGUAAAUUGACCCAGAAAUGACCAUUUGUAAGACAUUUGAAAGUUUUUCACUGUUCCGUUUUCAAAAAAACUGCUUUUAUUAAACCCAAUGUUAGUUUUUCUUGUGAUGCAUUUUGUUAACCUAUAUAAGGAUUAAAUUUCAAGGUGGUUGUAAAAAUGCUGUCUUUAUGUAAAUGUAAGUGCAGCCACGUAAAUUUUUAAAACCGUAUGUUUUACCACUAAUUUUCCAAAGCUAAAGUCCUCAAAGUAAAAAUCUACUAAGAUUGUUACCAGGCAGACUGUUAUGUGAUAGGGAAUUACUUCACAUUUUAGGCACUGAAACUUCAAGGGUAUUAAUUAUGUAGUGCACUUCACGUGGAUUCCUUCUGUCCUUGUACUGCCUCAGGAACGCCAAAGUACAUCCAAUUCCUAUAGUGGUGUAGUUGUUUGACAUGUCCCGAGACAUUCUAGUCAUCAGGAAAAUGACUGGCCUGCCAGAUUCCAAGUAAACUGCUGAUGAGAUGCUGUUCUCGUUGGUGGUUUUUCCUGAGUGGUUAAAGUUACCUAAUUCGUCACACUUAAUCUUAAGUUAUAUCACUUUAUAGGGUUGUUGGAAUGGUGUUGCUUGGAUGAAAUGUGUUCUGUGUUCACUGUUAACCUACAGAUGUAGGUCUGACUGGGCUUUAUUUAAAUCUGCAUUUCUUCAUAGUGGUUUGGUUCUGUGCUUUAUUGUGUUCUUGUUUAUGAGUUAUAAACUGCAACUUGAGUGCUGUAGAGGAAUUUGACUAAUGUAUUAACAAAGAGUGUUGUAAAACCGCAAAAUAGCAUUUACUCAGGUUUCAUUGCUGUGAUGAGUUUUUCCUUUUAAGUUGAAAAUUUUUAAACUAUCAUUUUUUUUUGUAAAGCAUUUUAACAUUGUAGCAUGGAAUCAAUAGUGAAGACAACCAGAUAAUUUUGAAUUGGACAGAAGAAAAAUAAUAAUUAGAUUGUGAAUUUCAGUGCCGUGUAAGGUGCCUUUGGAGUCAGUGUUUGCAUUAUAGGGGCUUGUUAUAGUCCAUUGAAGAUGACCACUCAGUCUAGACAGCUUUCCUAUGUAGAAGUCAACAUUCUUAGGAUAUUAUUAUAUAUAUCCUUUGACUUGACUAAACCCUUGCGAAGCUUUCCUUCCCCCCCUUAAAAUGGUGCAUAAUAUAAACAUGGUGUGUAGUAUGCAGAUACCAUUUAUUAGAUAGUUUGUAGUAUGUAAAUUUAGAACAUUGGUUUUUGACAAAGGAUAUACUGAUUGGUAGUUCACCAUUGUAUUCUGUCAGGUACAGGAGUAUUCUCAUGUUGGAUGAUCAGAUGAAAAUCAUUUCUGAACUUAACACUGAAGUAGGAAAUAAUAUAAAUGCCGUUUCAGCCUUGGCUGGCCAAAAAUAGCUAAUGCAGUUUUUCUUGAGCAAGUGGUUUCCCUCACAUAUAGCAGUUUGAGAGUCUGGUUUGCUCAUGCACUAUUUCUUGUGAGAAUUUUUUGUUAUUAGAAGCAUGGAAGUGAAAUAGUGUAACACGGUGGUGAGUGUUUCUAUCAUAUUACUGUAGGUACUUGGAUUGGUGCAAACUUGAUUCCAUUUUGUACCCGUUUAGGAGCUAUUUAAAUAUUACUGUUAAAAUCCUAAUCACUCUGUUUCAUGUAAUUAGAAAAUAGCUGGACUCAUGUGAGAACUUCUUAACUGUUCAGGAGAGUCUCUUCUGUUAAGGUUUACUGGGGUGCUGGAUGUGGUAAGAAACCACUUCACCUGUAUUUUGGACCAAAAAAAAAUCAGUAUCAUGAAAAAAAAUCCCACAUUAGGACAAUUCUUGUAGGCUUUAAACAACAGUUUCAGUUAUGUUAAUACGCAUUAAACUGGGAGCCAGGUCAGGUGAAUGUCUUGUAAUAGACAAAAUUUUAAAUGUUAGACUUUGAUUUCAUCAGCCAAUUGUUUGAAUGAAGGUGGGUGGGUAGCAGAUGCCAGGAUUGUUGUUAAGUGUUUCUGUUUUUAAGGAAAAAGUUGUGAAUCCCAGUGCAUUUCAGGGAAUGCUUUGACGCUCUCUAUGACGGACAAAGUCUAAAUGUAUGUAUGUUUCAUUAAUUGCUCUUAAGACUACUGAGGUGACAGUUCAAUUCUUUAAAACAAUAAAAUGGAAGCAUAAA